ACGAAACACAACGAUAACAUUGUGAGGAGCCCCGGGUGUUCCUUCGAGCCCGCUUCCAUUAUCUCAGAUGCCCCAGAACACACACGUGCGAUACAAGAGUAUGAAAAGAAUCAAAAGAAGCAACCCGCCCACAUUUCGUUUGAGCGGGCUAUUAUAAUUCCGCCGGAACGGCAAUUGGUGGUUCACAGUCUCGAGCACAGUGAACGUGAUAUGUUGCACCCACACUUCGAAGCCGCUCGCGAAACAAGAAUCUACCAGGGCUCGGAUAUAAAUUUGGAUCAUCGAUGAACUCAAACCUCAAACUCUCCCGUCCUUGCUCAGUCUGUUUUCUGCCUUCGCGAUAUAUCUGUAAAAUGCCUUCCCUAGCUGCGUACUAUGACAUCGAGGUCGUCCAGUUUUGGCGCGGCCAGAAAGAGCGCCUGCAGCCCUAUCCCCUUCACUGGGCGAUCUAUAUCCCAACCGGUCCUGGCAUCGGGAACACGUACCACAUCUUAGGAAACACGGACACCUACACCAUAGAUUUUAGAUGCAACCAACCAUAUCCAAACCCAGAUGCAUGGCGCGGAAGCUUCAGGGUUGGAAGAAUAGCUGCGCAUCAGCUGACCGCAUUGGAGCGAUAUCUCGCAAGCAUUCCUAUCACGCGUCACGACCCCAGCUGGAACUGCCAGAGCUGGGUGUGGGACAGUCUCAGGCAUCUCCGACACCAAGGUUUUGAUAUCAACUGGGAGAUUAGGCUUUCGGAUCUUCAAGCGCAGAUGUGUUGCUUGCUGGAGGAUUGGGAGUAUGGUCUAAUUUGAAAAUGAGAGGAAAUCUAAAGUGCGAGGGGUUUGCGAUUGGUUGAUCAAAAUAUUCGAUAGCGGGAGGG